AUGGCGAGCACAGACAAUGGUGUCCUUUCCUCUGCACCGACAGCAGGCAUGCCUUCUUCUCAGGGAGAGGAUGUGGGUGUAAGCGAUGUGACUUCGCUCAAAGGCACCGAAACAGCUACAGCACCGAAUAUGGUGCCUGGAUUUGGGAUUGGCUCAGCAACAAGUGAAAGUCCCGACGCAAGCAAGUCGAAUCCAGACACAAGUGGACGCUCGUGGCCUCCAUCGUUACCGCCAUUGCCACCGCACUUGAUGGGGGCUGACCUGCCAAUAGCAAAUAUAUCGCGCAUUAUGAAGCGCGCGUUGCCGGACAAUGGUAAGAUCGCAAAGAACGCAAAGGAGUGCAUGCAAGAGUGUGUAAGUGAGCUAAUUAGCUUUGUGACGUCGGAAGCUAGUGAUCGAUGUGGAAGUGAGAAGCGCAAGACCAUUAACGGUGAUGAUAUUUUAUAUUCGCUUCGCGUGUUAGGUUUUGACAAUUAUGAGCAAGUGCUGAAAGUGUACUUGAGCCGCUACCGACAGGCUCAAGAGGAGAACCCACGCCAGCGCCGUCGGCGGGCGAUGAAAAGGCGCUCUUCGCCGGCAUCACUGCACGAGUCACUCGUAGGCGAAGGUGAAUUUCCCGCGCCGCAUGAUGAAGAUGCGCAGGAAGACGACGAUGAAGAUGCCGUGAGUGAAGAUGCUGGUGAGGAUGAAUAG